AGAUCCAGGGUGGUGCCUGUGACUCAGAUCAACUGCUGCCUCUCUCAGAACCUCUGGAAACUUAGAUUAAACAUCUUUCUCUGACAGCUUUUCCUCCACAAUCCUUGAUAACAUCACCAUUGGAAACUUGAGAACCAACUCCAACCAGCCCCACCCCCAGGUGAGGGGACUAAUGGGAAUUACUGAGAAACUCACAGCUGUCCCCAAAUCCAUUUCCCCUCAUACUUUACUACAUAUCUGGUUGUGUUUCAAUUUUUAUUGUGUAAAACAAAUCAAAUAUACCUAGUACUGUGUUCUGGAUAUAGCAGGGAGAGGGAAGAGAAGGGAUAAAGGAAGUUGAGAGCUAGGAUGGGAAUGAGUGGCAAAGGUCUUGUGUAGGAAGCAGAGAGCUAAGAUUCUAGGGUCAGGCACUUCUUUCUGAAGUGAAGAGGGAGUUGCAUUGGAGUAAACUCUAUUACCAGAGAAAGUCUGGUGUGGUAGAAGAAUACAAGAUGUGGAUUCAGAAUCCAGCGUCAGUGCUUACUGUUUGGCCUUAAACCACUUACCUUCUCUGACCUUAAAUUCCUCAUCUUUAAGAUUAAGAGGUUUCUAAGGUCCCUAUUUAAGCACGAUGAGUAUGAAGGGACUCCAAGGAGUGCCCUCUGCAGAUUUUUCGCUCUAGCCCCGAAGUGGUUAUAUUCAUUUGUUCUCAUAGCUUGUAGCUAUUGUUGCCCAUUACUGUGUACCAUGCAGUAUAUUAGGCGAUUUACAUAAAAUUAACCUCAACAAUUCAGAAUGAUAACUAUUAUUAUUCCCAUUUUAUAGAUAAGAAAAUUGAAGCUUAUUAGAAAUUAAUUUACCCAAAAUUACAUAGCGAUCCAGGAUUUACACUACGUCUGUCUUGUCCCAAAGUCUAUGCUUUUACCUGUUACCUACCUGCCAGUGGAGACUACGUAAAAGAAAAUGGUUAAAAGAAAAUAACUACCCUUUCUAAUCUGUUUUUCUCCCGCUCGCACUCUGGAGAAUUUUCCUGCCCCUGCCCUCAAAGCCGCAGGAUAUCUUAUUGCUACUUUGGUCUGAAACUGCAGAUCUCUGGAAUUGCCCAUACGUGUAACAGUUUAGGUCUUCCGGUCAGCCGGAACCAGUCGCAACGCUGCUCUCGCUGUGUGGGGUGUACCUCUUCGGAGUUCCUGGAGGUGGUCCCAGACUGGAGUGGCAGCUGUAAUAACCAAUAGGCAUGGACGUUGUUGGGCCGGAAGCCAAUGAGGAAUCUGGCGAUGGAGAAGCGGCGAUCAUUUAUUUGAGGAUGUAGGACGGGUCUGAAGGAAAAUGGGGCUGUGUCAGAGGUGGCGGCGGCUUCGGAUCCCAGGGUUACAAGCCUGCGGGCUGCACACGGUGCGUGAGGCAGCUGUGCCGACCCCUCCACACUGGUUGGUAGAGCGGCUUGGCCUUUUUGAGCAGCUAUGGACUGCUCAGGUAAAGAGGUUAGCAAGCCUGGCACAGAAGGAACACCGGACUAUCAAGAUAUCACUUCCUGGAGGCCAGAAAGUGGAUGCUGUGGCAUGGAACACAACCCCUUACCAACUAGCCCAGCAGAUCAGUUCUAAACUGGCAGAUACUGCAGUGGCUGCUCAAGUGAAUGGAGAACCUUAUGAUCUGGAGCGGCCCUUAGAGACAGAUUCUGACCUCAGAUUUCUGACAUUCGAUUCUGCAGAGGGGAAAGCAGUAUUCUGGCACUCCAGUACCCAUGUCCUGGGGGCAGCAGCUGAACAACUUCUAGGUGCUGUUCUCUGUCAAGGUCCAAGCACAGGAUGUGGCUUUUACCAUGAUUUCUUCCUUGGAAAGGAACGUCUGUUUGUCUUUGCCAAUAAUUUUAGAUGUUUUUGGAAGGCAGGAUUUCAUCCCAUGACCAACACCCAGGUGAUGCUCCUUAGAGGAUGGAAGCCAACCAACCCUCAUCUUUCCAGGACAAUCAAGGGCUCAGAGCUGCCUGUUUUGGAACGGAUUUGUCAGGAACUUGCAGCUGCUGCUCAGCCCUUCCGGAGACUAGAGGCUUCCCAGGAUCAGCUUCGGCAGCUCUUCAAGGAUAACCCCUUUAAGCUUAACCUGAUCGAGGAGAAAGUGACAGGUCCAACGGCAACAGUAUAUGGGUGUGGUAUGUUGGUUGAUCUGUGCAGAGGCCCCCACCUUCGGCAUACUGGACAGAUUGGAGGCCUGAAGCUGCUAUCGAACUCAUCAUCCUUAUGGAGGUUUUCCGGCACCCCAGAGACACUGCAGAGAGUGUCAGGGAUUUCCUUCCCCACUGCAGAGGAGCUGAGGGCCUGGGAAGAGUGGAGGGAGGAAGCAGAGUUACGGGACCACCGGCGCAUUGGGAAGGAACAGGAGCUCUUCUUCUUCCAUGAACUGAGCCCCGGGAGCUGCUUCUUCCUGCCUCGAGGGACAAGGGUGUAUAAUGUACUCGUGGCUUUUAUCAGGGCCGAGUACACCCGCCGUGGUUUCUCAGAAGUGAAAACCCCCACGCUGUUUUCUACGAAACUCUGGGAACUGUCAGGGCACUGGGAGCAUUACCGGGAAGACAUGUUUGCCCUACAGCCCCCAGGCUCUGACAGCCAUGCCGGCUCCCAGAGUGACCACUCUACCAGCCAUCCCACAGGCACGCUUGCCCUCAAGCCCAUGAACUGCCCUGCGCACUGCCUGAUGUUCGCCCACCGGCCCAGAUCCUGGCGAGAGCUGCCCCUGCGACUGGCCGACUUCGGGGCCUUGCACCGGGCCGAGGCCUCUGGCAGUCUGGGGGGACUGACCCGGCUACGGCGCUUCCAGCAAGAUGACGCUCACAUCUUCUGUGCACCCGAUCAGCUGGAAGCAGAGAUCCGAGGCUGUCUUGAUUUCCUCCGCUCUGUCUACACUGUCCUUGGGUUCUCCUUCCGCUUGGCACUGUCUACCCGGCCAUCUGGCUUCCUGGGAGAGCCGUGCCUUUGGGACCAGGCUGAGCAGGUCCUUCAACAGGCCCUAGAAGAAUUUGGAGAACCCUGGGACCUCAACCCUGGAGAUGGUGCCUUCUAUGGGCCUAAGAUUGACGUGCACCUCCGCGAUGCCCUGGGUCGGCCCCAUCAGUGUGGGACAAUCCAGCUUGACUUCCAACUGCCCCUGAGAUUUGACCUCCAGUACAAGGGGCAGGCGGGGGCCCUGGAGCGUCCAGUCCUCAUUCAUCGAGCAGUGCUAGGUUCUGUGGAAAGGAUGUUGGGAGUGCUGGCGGAAAGCUGCGGGGGAAAAUGGCCACUAUGGCUGUCACCAUUCCAGGUGGUGGUCAUACCUGUGGGGACUGAGCAAGAGGAAUAUGCCAGGGAGGCACAGCGGAGCCUGCAAGCUGCAGGACUGGUUGGCGACCUGGAUGCUGACUCCGGACUGACCCUCGGCCGGAGGAUCCGCCGGGCUCAGCUUGCCCACUACAAUUUUCAGUUCGUGGUUGGCCAGAAAGAGCAGAGUGAGAGAACAGUGAACAUUCGGACUCGAGAUAAUCGUCGACUUGGGGAAUGGGACUUGGCCGAGGCUGUACAGCGGCUACUGGAGCUACAGAACACCAGGGUCCCAAAUGCUGAAGAAAUUUUCUGAGCUUUUGUGUAUAGAUGUGGCAAAGACCUGUAGGAGCUAUCAGGCCCCCUUAACACGGAGGGGCCCAACCUAACUGCCAAGAGUCUGAAGUCCCCCAGACCCCUCAGAACUCGUGUGGAGGCAUGAAUCUGCUCUCAUGAAAAGAGAUUUGGUCUGGGGGAAGCUGUAGCUGUUUGGAUGUGAGGAGAGUGAAACUAAAAAUAAUAAACUUGAAGCUACUGGGAA